AUGCUGUACCAUAUGAGCUGGAAUGACUUAUCUAAAGUGGGUACCAUACACAUUGGAAAGGUUUGGGGAGGAGAAAAUUUGCUGAAGAUGGCCCCUGUGGUCAAGGGGUCUCUGAAUACAGCAUCCAGUGCCCCAGUGAGCAUUCCUGAGAGUGAGGACACUGGCAAAGGCACAUCCUCCUUCAUCAAUGCACCAUGUGAAAUUGGGCAUGAGGAGGAAGUUCCAUGGAGGGUGGUGAGGACCACCCAUAUUCCCACUUGCUAUUCUUCCUCCCACAUCCCCAGUGUGGUGUUAUGGGACCUUCCUGUCACAGAGGCUGCCACCCAAAACCUGGAGAACUAUCUAGAGAUGCAGAUUAGUCAGUAUGACCUCUUCAACAUCAUUGCAUCUGAACAGUUUAGCAUGAAUCUCAUAAAGUUUGCCAAAACAAGUCAAUGCCUGGGAAAGAGGCUCUAUGUCUGGACCAACCUGAACGUUCUAUACACCUGUGAGAAGGUCACUAAUGGCAAAACAACCACGUUGCAGGAGGAAAGAGCCUCCAAGUCUUUCAGGACAUCCUUGGCAUCUAGAAUGCAGAUGAUCUGGGAGUGUCUGAAUGCCUACCACUGGCUCUUUGGUGUGAAUGAUGAUUCUUUCCAGCAGGUGGUCUAG